AUGAUAUUGAACAACAAUAUCACCAUUAACUUUUUUCCAUCAUCUGCAGGUACUACCAUUAGCGAUAUUAGCGAUGGUAAUGUUUAUGACAGGUUAAGAUUGGCAUGUCCUGAUCGAUUUAUAACACUCACAAUGAAUGUUGAUGGCGUGCAAAUUAAAAAAGGAUCAAAUAAAUCAAUUUGGCCUGUGUUAUUAGCAAUAAACAAUCUUCCACUGAAUCGACGUUAUGCUAUUGAGAAUACAAUUAUUGCUGGUAUUUGGUCAGGUGUACAUAAGCCUUCCAGAGCACAAAUGGCAGCCUUUCUCUCGCCCAUUGUUGAAGAAUUAUCUCAUUUAGAAAAAGGAUUCAACUUUGUCGAUUAUAGAAAAUUUUCCAUUGAACAGAAUACCGUGAUAAAAGUAUUUCUGAUUGGUGCAUGCUGCGACAAGCCUGCUCAAGCCCUCCUUCAAAAUAUAUCCGAGCCAACAGCAGCAUUUGGCUGUGGACGUUGUGAAUUUAUAGGUGAAGUAGAAGCGCUCUUUGACAUAAAUCAUAAUCGAUUAUUAAGAUUUCAUACAGCGAAAUGUACUUCAAUAGAUGUAUAUGAAAAGAAUUGA